AUGGAAGGAGAAGGCACGAUAGAGAGAGUCAAAGAAAUGCUGCAGAAAUACUCUUCAAGGGGCGGCUCGUUCUCGGAGGGGAGCUUUCUGUCAGAUAUAGACAUGUCGGAUGCAUCCUUUACAUCCUGGGAGGAAGAACUGGCGAGCAGAAUCGUAAGGUCGCUCAGAAAUUGCAAGGAAAUGACGGAAAUUGCCAGAAGGAAGAGAGUCUGCGUCCUGGACAGAGAGCUUAUGGAGUGCAUGGCGGCUCUGAGAUGCAUUAGGAAGAACAUCGAAGGAUUAAGGAAGGAAAAGAAGUACCGGGUGGGGUGGACGGUAUUGGUAGGAUCUGUCCUGGUUGGGAUAGCAUGCAUUUCUGCCAAGCACUACUUCUAA